CAGUUUUGUAUGGGGGGUAAUACAUGUGAUCCGUUACUGAAACCUCUGUGGCUUUGAUGGAAGAGUUAAGCUGCUGCCUCGCAUUUGCAUGGGACAAAUCAGGAUCUCAGUGGGCAUGUGCAAAACCUGCAGGCUCUUAUAUUUAAAUAGAAAGCUGUUUCUGUUACUGCUGCCUAUUGCUGAGCUUAGACACGUUAGAAAAGGAUGCUGAGGCUUUACGGAGGGGGGAGAAUCCCCAUUGGAUUGUGCACAGAUUCAGAAAAGAGAGAGGCUGUCUUUUUGAGAAGUUUAAAAUGGAAGAAAGUGGGCUGAUUAAAAAGUUUCACUGAAAGGGAAUUUUGGUUUGAUGACAUUGUUGGGAGGGGUCAGAGUUCUCUUGCUUUUACCCAUGUGAAUGCGUAGUCUCUCCGAAGAGGCAUCUUUUCUCUACCACGGAUUUCAACUGCAGCCAAAUCCUAGGUGUCCUGAAUGACUCAGAAGUGAAUGUCUACAAGGCUGGUGGACUUGGCUCCAUUGGUCCCAACAGAGCGGACAAUGUUCAACCUCCCCGAUCCUUUUCCAACGGUGGAUGUACCAACCCAUGCUCACUAUACCAUUGGGGCUGUCAUUCUUGUAGUGGGAAUCACAGGAACUCUUGGCAACCUUCUAGUCAUCUAUGUUUUUUUCAGGAUUCGGGGCCUUCGGACUCCUGCCAACAUGUUCGUUAUCAAUCUGGCUGUCAGUGAUUUUCUAAUGGCCAUCACUCAGUGUCCAGUUUUCUUCACCAACAGCCUCAACAAACGGUGGAUAUUUGGGGCAAAAGGCUGUGAGCUGUACGCAUUCUGUGGAGCUCUCUUUGGCAUUGCUUCCAUGAUCACCUUGACAGUGAUAGCCCUGGACAGGUAUUUUGUGAUUACGCGACCCCUCGCCUCCAUCGGAGCAAUGUCUACGAAGAAGGCUUUGCUAAUCCUAUCAGGAGUCUGGCUGUAUUCCUUAGCUUGGAGUCUCCCGCCUUUCUUUGGAUGGAGUGCUUAUGUUCCAGAGGGCCUCUUAACCUCCUGUUCCUGGGAUUAUAUCACUUUUACCCCAUCAGUCCGUGCCUACACAAUGCUCCUUUUCUGCUUUGUAUUCUUUAUUCCCCUAAUUGCCAUCAUAUACAGUUAUGUGUUCAUUUUCAUAGCCAUCAAGAAUUCAAACAGGGCUGUUCAAAGGACCAAUUCAGACAACAGUAAAGAAGGUCAAAAACUCUACCAGAAGCUGAAGAAUGAGUGGAAAAUGGCCAAAGUCGCCUUGAUUGUCAUCUUGCUCUAUGUCAUCUCCUGGUCUCCAUAUUCUGUGGUAGCUUUGGUGGCUUUUGCAGGAUACUCUCAUCUCCUUACACCAUACAUGAACUCAGUCCCUGCAGUGAUUGCCAAGGCUUCUGUUAUCCACAACCCAAUCAUUUAUGCCAUUGUUCAUCCCAAAUACAGAAUGGCGAUUGCAAAGUUUCUUCCAUGCCUUGGAUCUCUGCUAAGAGUUCCCCGCAAGGACUCCAGCUACCCCUCCACCAGACGUCCCACUGUCACCAGCCAGUCCUCUGAUAUAAAUGGAGUGCCAAGAGGACACCGAAGGUUAUCCUCUGUCUCAGACAGUGAAUCUGAUUGGACUGACACAGAAGCUGAUAUCAGUAGCCAGAAUUCCAGAGUCGCCAGUGGGUCAAUUUCCUACAGAAUAUAUGAAGACACAACUGAAACCAUCAAGGUCAAAUCUAAAAUGAGAAGCCAUGAUUCAGGGAUUUUUGAAAGGACUUCCGUGGAUGCCGAUGACAUUUCUAUGGUGGAGGACUUACCCUUUGGAGUCUAUAACCUUGAAGAUAGUUUGACAGGUGAAGAUCUGAAUGCCUUUGGAUGGAGAAGGGAGGAGUCUUAUUCCGGGCCAUCUACUUCAAGCCAAAUCCCCAGCAUCAUUGUGACCUUCAGCAAUGUCCAGAGAACAGACCUGCCUUUGGAGUCCAGCUCUGGUGCCUUGUGCUCCAGGAACAGUAGCUAUAGCUGGGAAAAGGAUUCCAACAGCCGUCUUGAAUGGUUAUGCCAUGCGAGUGCCUUAGCUCCUACCUCUGAAAGAAAUAUGUGUCAGCUCAGCGUAGAAGAUCUUGCAAGACAGGUUUAAACUGAGCAGCUAUAUAACAGGAUGGGAAAGGAAGGAACAGCUUCUUUUCUUCUAAACAUUCAAAACCAGUUAUGUGAUGCUGUGAAGAGUUAAAGGAGCUAAUGCUCAAUCCUUUUAUGGCACUGUAGUUUGUUUGCUAUCUUGGUUGAUUAUUCUACUAUUAUUUUUAAUUCAUGGAGGACAAUACAAUUCAUUGUGUGUGGAAGUCUAGGUAACCAAAAGCCCUGCUACAUCUGACCUCAACAACAUCACCCUCCAUGCCUUUGUGGCAUUCUUCUGUAUCUAGACUCUCAUCUUGCAGUGUAAUUGGCAAUAUGGGAUGUGGGAUCAGUAUCCUUGUUUACUGCACUUUGCAGAAACAAGCUAACCCAGAGGGGGUUUUUUUCGUGUCAGGAGCAACUUGAGAAACUGCAAGUUGCUUCUGGUGUGAGAGAAUUGGCCAUCUGCAAGGAUGCUGCUCAGGGGACACCCGGAUGUUUGAUGUUUUACCAUCCUUGUAGGAGGCUUCUCUCAUGUCCCCACAUGGAGAGCUGGAGCUAAUAGAGUGAGUUCACCCGUUCUCCCCAGAUUUGAAUCAUCUACCUGUCAGUCAGUAAUCCUGCCGGCACAAGGGUUUAACCCAUUGUACCACCUUAACCCAGAGGGUUAAGGACAGACCAAACACUUCUCCCUACAAACACUGCAUCCUCUGCCUGAGGAAGCUGCCUUACCCUACUUAAUGGUAGGGCCAGCUCUGCCAGCUGUUUACUCCUUUCUGUGGCUCAGAAAUGGGUAAACCAAAUGGAACUGAAAAGCUGAAGUUUUACAAGUGGAGGAAAACAAAACUCAUGUUGCUUUUCACAUCACACCAAUAAUCUCUUUGGAGAUUAUUGCAUGAGAGUUGAGGUUUCCCCAUGUUAUUUGGUGGUACCUUUUAAUACACAGAGGAAACCCACAAAUAGUCUCCUGAAAGCACUUUAUUCAUUGUUGACAAUUUUGUGAUAAGUCACUAGUGCUGCUUCAGCAAAAUUGAGAAAAUUUGUGUUGUUGUGGGUAUGUUGUGGUCAUCACUUUUCUCCACUCCGUUUCCCUGUUCCCAGACUACUAGUGAGCAGAAAAAGAGGACCUCCAACUGCAUAGCUAUUACUCCCCACUUUCAACCCAGUUGCUUUCCUUUUUUAAAAAAAAAUCAAGAUAACUGUAGUUUAUCCCUGCAGUUUAUUAUAGAUCCUCUUUGUUGUAUAAGCAUUUCCUCAUUGGUGGAAAUAUUGCUGAGAUUUUUUUAAGUUACUGCUUCAUGUCUUCAACUACAUUGACUAAUGUGCAAUCAGUAUUGAUUUAAGUUAGAUUGCCUUUUGAAUGUGGAUGAAAACUUUUAAUUGUGACAAAAAAAUCCCCUAUGAAUUCAGGUGGCCUCAGUGCCCCAAAACAAGGUUUGACAAUGAUAACCAUAUCACCUUCUGAUAGCAUAAACUAAUAUGAAAAAAGGCUGAGAAUUGCAAUAUCCAUAUUUAUUUUGCUGGUAGUACAGAGAAAUUUGCACAUGCUUAACAACCUGGAAGUGUGUUACUGUGUAACUUUGAAAUCAACACAAAAUGGCCAACUCUUGUAAGAACAACAAAAAUCUCAAAAUUGUGGAGUUCUUUAAGUAAAAAAAUUAAAAGGGGGAAAGGGGACAUGCCCGGUGGAAGAUAAUGAACAGGUUGGGAAAAGUGGUCUAUGAGAUGGUGUGCUAUGCAGAAACAUGACAGCACUGAAAGGUAGACUGUGUGAUAAGAAAAGGAGCUAUGCAGAUAUAUUCUUGCUUUCUACCAGAAUGGGUUUGUUAUGCCUGAAUAUACUUUCAACACAUUGUCUGGUAAAGUCCUUUGUGUUUGGCACUUCCAUCCUUUCUCAGUUGAGAAUAUGGUCCCAUUUCUAACACUGGAGAGACACUCCCCAUUAGUGAAGAACAGCUUUCCUCUAACUUGGUUCCCACCAAAUAUCUUGGACUACAGAUCCUGUGAGAUUGGAUAUGCCUAGUAUAGACAAUAGUAAGCAAAAUGGACCAAUUAUCUAACUCUGCAUUAUAUAUAUAUUCCUAAUCACCUGAUUCCCAGAAUUACAAUAAUUAUAUCUGUGUUAUUUCUAUCCUGUCUCAUUUUUUUCUUCUUCAGCCAGCAGCCCUGAAAACACGUGAUGCCUCAUGUUGUGAACCCCCUGAUUUCAGCACUGUAAUACCUGAUGUCAAUUCAAGGACCAGGCAUAGAUGGAUAGUGCUAUGUCUUAAGUUAUUUACUAGGUGGCAGCAAAUGUAGUUAUUUUUGUAAGGAAACUUGAAUGACUGUUUUGUUGUUGCUGCAGAGGAACUGUAACAUGCUUGUCUAGUUUCCUAAUGAUGAGAGCCUUUAUAUCAUGGCCCAUAUACUUAUCAAUCUAGUAAUACAAUCAUUUUUACAGGGAUGGAUUUCAGUCAUCCAUCUAUGGUCUCUCCAUGACACUGUAGGCAUAAUAUAGGGGAUCCCAGCUUAAGCACUGAAAUAGUUUUAACGUUGUGACCAGUUACAGUAUUGGGAAGAUUCAUCAUGUGGAAGUUAUUUAAAAAUGUCUCUGUAUUAAGACUUUAAUAUGUAUUCUGGGCUUCUCUUAAAAAUGAGCCAAGACAUGAAGCUGUGUUGUGCCUGGAACUUGGCAACAGAUGAAUGAAUGGUAGCUAUUCAAAUUUUAGGUUACCCCCUCUUAUGUCUAGUCCAUGAAGGAACAAAAAAAAAAAAAAAAGACUAGUCAAGUAAAAAAAAAACCUUAACAUAAAAAGUUUACAAUACAUGAUGUGAUAUUUCCUGCUCCACAAAAAAGCCUCUUUGUCAAGCUUUCUCAAUGGAGUUCUGCUGGUCCAUUCCCUAUGACAGAAGCACUGUUUGACAGAAGGUAGUAUAGCAAAAACAAAAGGCCAUGUAAAUUUUCAUUGCCCAUUGGUACAAAACUGCAGUAUUUGGGUACUGAUCAUGUAAGUAGAAUAUAUUUUGUAAUAUCUUAUUAUUUUGAAUAUCUAGAUAAUAUAUCUUCUUUUUGAACAAUAAAAUGUAUACAUAAACAUCUACAA